UUUCAGAAUGGCCCGUGGACAUCAAAAAGCUUUAUCUCAACAACGAAACGCAGAAAAAACAGCGAAAGCUAAGAAGGCCGUGGGAAGUGAUCAAAAGAAUGCUGCAAUGGCAUCUCUGCACCACAAGUGCACCGUUUGCAUGGUACGUAAUAAAAAGCAAUUUCCUUUCUACGUAACGCGUCUGAUCUUUCACUCCAUCGAAAGCUUCCCCCGUCUGAGCCACAUUUAACCUGACUUCCUUUUGUUUGAACCUUACUCUGUUUACGAUUGCAGUUUUUUAAAAAUUUGUAGUUACUUUACUGCAGUGUUAUUUUUGGUGCAUUUUGAUUGGGAUUUCUAGACAUUGUAGUGUUGGCAGGGGAUUAACUGGCAACUACCAGACUUGGCAAAGAGACCAUCUGUAAACAAAAGAUAGUGAUGACGUCUGAAAAUCUCUGAAAAUGUCAGAGACUUAUGCGACGGAUGUUCUUUGUACCGGAAACAAUGAUUCACAUUAGUAGCAGAUAAUACUGUAAAAUGUUCAGAAAAUACAUACAUAGAAAAAUCGUUAUUUUGAGAAGAAGCGAAUCCAAAAUUUUUGAAUCAAUUUAGUAAUUUAUUAAAUAUAAGGAAUUUGCGAAAAACUUAGUUAAAACAUAAAACUUAGAACCUUUUCACAUAUUCUAAGAAAUUAUUUCUACGAAAUAACCUGGCUGGUGCAGCUAAUUUAAAUUAACUUUAAUGAUAUUAACGUUUGGAUUUGUUUUUGAACGAUUAAUUAAACGAGUUAAUCUUCAAUUUAUUCAGUCCAUGAUGCCGGACCCGAAAACCUACAAGCAACAUUUCGAGAGCAAACACCCAAAGAGCCCCAUGCCCCCAGAGUUGGAAGGAGUUCAAGCAUGAAUUAAAUCACAAGCUGCGAUUGCUCAUCUGACAUUCUUUUUAACAUUAAUGAAAUGUCGAAUAAAUUAUUGUCUCCCU